UUUGUUAGGUGUAGUGUAAGUAUUAAGUAUAUCUAUGUAUGUAAUAAUGAUCUAAUGUGUAACCAAUCUUACCUUUUGUGUACUCCACGUGUAACCUCAUUUUUACUGUAUUUAAUCAUUGCUUUAUUAUAAUUAAAGUGCAGUCAUACCUGAGAUCUCGUAGUUUCAAUGUGUUUUCUAACACCUCCCGUACAUGGCGACCCUGCCAGCUGUCCGCGCGAGUCGGUUAUUUGAGACGGUGCAUACAUAAAUGGAGUGGAACUUUUAUUGGAUUAAUUGAUUUGGUUGCUACGGGACUCAGAAAUAAUUAAAAGUGAUGACUAUGGCGCAGUUACAACAAAUCGGUUGCACUUACGAGUUGGACGCUUCAAUUCUUGUGUCGUACAAAAUAACUGAAAAUUUACUAUGGGUAACCAAAAAUCUCAAGAAGUAGUCAUCGCUCAGAAUGCUGCUGGAGGUGUUAACCAAGCUACGACGGAGGAAAUACAGCAGCAUAUGUCGACCACAAAAAUACUGCUGUGCGUUAUAAUAUUAUUUUUAUGUCUGGGGCUACUGUAUCUUGCCUACAGUACUUAUAAGAAGUGCCAUUUGCGAUGGAUAUCAAGGCAAAUAAAUAGAGCUACACUGAGGGAUUCUUUUUUCCGACGACCAGCGGCGACUCCCGGGCGUCUUGACAGAGAGGCGCAGCAGGCUCCGAAUAAACUUUAUCCAGGAGUUGUUUAGUGAAACGAUCUGUUAAAGUGAUUAAAUGUGCGGUAUCCAAUAAGUGCUUCACAGUGCGGUUAAAAGUGCGUUUUCGUAAAUAUAUCAUACUGCUCGGGCACUAGUUAAAAUAGGUAACGUCUUAAUAUAUGGGAGUAAAAUUAAAAUAUAUAAUGGACAUAUUAUUUAAUGGACUUUAGUGUUAUUAAUAGUUCAUGUUUACUCAAAUAAUGCAUCAUCAGCGUUUGUGUGGUAAGUUAUGGCAAUUACUUUACAGUCGUUAUAUAAUGAAUUAAAAGAGAUCAGAACUUAUUUAAUAAAAAUAGGCCCAAAGAGAAGACAAGGUCAUAUUUUAGAAAGCAAACUAAGUGAAGCUAAUAUAGUGCAUGAGCAAUUUGAAUGCUGGUUAAAUACAUAUAAGUCAAAAUUAAGAAAGGACGACGAUGAUGAUCCAGUUGUGCAUAGUUUUUGUAAACAAUUUUUAACGUUAUUUAAUGAAAUUGUAGAUUUAUGUCAAAGCGAUAAAAAUUCCGAAGAUUUUGUUACAAUGAGUACUUUUGAUUUAAAGACUGCCUUGAACUUAUUGCCCUGUAUGACAGAUACAGAGGCUAAUACGAAGCAAUUAAUUGACAAUAUAGAAUAUUAUAACUCUCUAUUGGACAAGGAUGUAUGUAAGAAAAAUUUGAUUAAUUUUGUCUUAAAAAGUAGAUUGUCUCAAGCUGCAAAAUUAAGGUUGAAUUCCAGUUAUGCAAGUGUAGAUGAUUUAAUUACGGAUAUGAGAAAAGAACUAUUACCUCGAAAAUCAGCAACUGCAAUUUCAAGUAAAUUAGAACAUAUUAAGCAAAAUGAUUUAUCUAUUUCAGAUUUUGGAAACCAACUAUCAGAAUUAUUUGUUGACCUUACAAUUUCGCAAGCGAACGGCAAGUCAGAAAAUUACAGCAUUUUAAAGCCAUUAAAUGAAAAUAUAGCUAUCAAAAAAUUCGCCGACGGCUUGCGAGAUCGUAGGCUCAGUACUAUUAUUGCUGCCAGGAAUUUUAGCACUUUGAAGGACGCAAUCCAGGCUGCCAUGGAUGAGGAGGUCACCACCGCGUCGGGUUCGGGCGAAAUUAUGGAGGACAAGGACGAGGUUUUCGAGGAAAUCAGCGAGGAUGGUAUCAGCAGGUCACGACCCGAGGUGCACCGACGCGAGGACAUCGGUUCAGCGGUCAACAAUAUAGAGGUAAGUCCACAAGAAAACAAGGGAUAUGUCAACAACCUAAUGUUAACGUUAUAGAUGAAGAAAGUUUUUUAAAUUCAUUGCCUAAUACAGAGCCCCAAAGUUCACAAUCGAAUGUGACUGAAACAUUUUUUCGUGACCAAUAAUAAGCAACAUUCAAUUUUAUCAUGCGAUAGUGAUUUUUUUACAUGUUUUUCAGUAAAUGGAAAAUUAUUUUCAUUUUUGGUAGAUUCUGGUGCAUCUUUAAGUGCAAUUAAAUAUAGUUACGUAAUUGGCCUAAAUUUAACUUUGCAUAAAGAAGACAUUACUAUAAAUGGUCUUGGGGGCAAAGUCCGUGCAUUAGGGUACGUGUAUCUACAAUUGAGUAGUGAUGAUGUAACUAUUAGUCAUAAGUUUUAUGUUUUAAAUACAUUGCCUAUUACAUCAAACGGUAUCAUCGGUCGAGACUUUUUAAGAAGAUUUAGAUCUGUUUUGAAUUUCGAUACAAAUAUUUUGACUUUGCGUGAUACUAUAAAUCGAACGAUUACUUUACCAAUUACAACUAAAAGUAAUAACUUAUUAGAAGUUUCGGCUAGGAGCGAGUCUAUUCACUAUAUUCAGACACAGUUUGAAGAAGAAUGCGUAAUUUGUUCGACUGAAUUACAGGAUGGUGUUUAUUUAGCUAGUUCCAUUGCUUCUCCUGUUAAAGGUGUUUUACCUAUUAAAAUACUAAAUACAACAGAAAAUAAUGUAACGUUAUCAACAUUUAAUUU